AUGACAGGUAAUAACAAUAUAAAUCAAUAUAUAGAUAAAAAACCUUUUGAAACAGUUCAAGAAUUAAAAGAGGAGUAUCAAAUUCCUUCUUUGGAAGAGUUUAUGAAAACUUAUGAGUAUGAUGGUAAUUUGAAUUAUGAUGAUUUAAAAGGUGGUGAUAUUAGUGAAGCAAAGAGAUAUGGAUCAAUGCCAAAACUUCAUCAUGGAACUAUUAGUAAUUUAUUAAUGCUUAAAGGUAUAGAUGAAAUGAAAGAAGGUUUAAGAAAAAUAGAAAAUAGGACAAUAAAAGUAGUUAGAAAUAAGUCGCAAUAUAAUGAAUUAGAGUAUGAAAAGUGUGAGGUUAGGGAAAGAGAAGUAAAAGAAAUUGAUUAUAAUAAAGAAGAAAACUAUCACACUAGAACUGAUUAUUAUUGCCCAAUAUGUGAUAAGUUCCAUCCUUGUCGUGAGGGUCUUUGCAAAAAAUGUUUUGAGAAACUUACAGGUGAUUAUCAACGCAAACCGGAAGAUGUUUUAAAAGCGGAAUUAAAUCCAAAUGAUGCUAAUGCAUUGAAUAAGUUAAAGGAACAGAGUGAAAAAGGAAGUUCUCAAAUUCUCCUCAAGGCAGUUUUAUCCACUGCGAUUUUAAUUGUUGCCAAACAAGCCCAAGCAAUGCAAAGGAAAAUGGAAAAAGAGGGAAUUUUUGGAGUAAUGAAUGACCCUAAACUAAGGAAACAAAUGGAGGAUUUACGCAAAAGAUUUGCGCACACCGCCGAUAACGGUGAGGUCGGUGGUUCGAAUCCACCUGCUAGACCAGGACAAAAAACUGCUUUUUUAGACAAAAAUGCUAUGAAAUUUUGCCAAGCAUUUAACCAACAAACCAAAGAAUUAGAAAGUUCGAAAAUACUUAACGUGAAAAUAAUGAUUAAUGAUAAAAAGGAAUAUCAGUUCACUAUUCAAGGGCAAAUAACUUCCGAGUUAAUUAAAAAAGCAAGUGGCGAAAAGAAAGUUAUUAGUGAAGAAGAAAUCGAAAAAAUUGCUCGAGAAAAGUUGCCUCAUUUGAACACCGAUGACCUAGAAAAAGCCAAAAAGAUUGUGGCUGGCACUGUGCGGAGUUUUAAUGGAUUUAAG